AUGAUAUCCACAAGAAUAUUCAUAUUAUAUCUUUUUAUAACUUUGGCACCCUUUAUUAAUUGUUCACCAAACUUGUCAAUUACUCCUUAUAUCUAUGAGCGUCUGGUCUAUUUUAUGAAGGCAAGCUCAAUAUCAAGCUGCAUAUCAGACAAUUUACUUUUCGUUAACAAAACGUUGAAUAAUGGGGGUUGUCCACCACAUAUUAAGUUCUGUAACGAUGAAGAAAUUAACCCUACAGCUGGUCAAACAGUGGUGGAACUAGUUCUUAAUGCCAAAAAAGGUGAACUGGGCUCAGGUUAUCUUGCUGUUGACCACGGAAAAAAAGUUGUUAUUUUGGCAUUUAGAGGAUCUACAACCAGACAAGAUUGGUUUAGCGAUUUUGAAAUAUAUCCAGUGGAAUAUUCUCCACUUUGCGUUAAAGAAUAUCGUAAACUUAUAGAAGAAGGAACUAUUAGAGAAUGCAAAGGUUGUAAAAUGCACAGGGGAUUCCUCAGGUUCACAGAAACACUUGGGAUGGACGUCUUUAAAAAAAUGGAGUCAAUUUUGGAAAGCUAUCCAGAUUAUCGAAUUGUUGUCACAGGACAUUCCUUGGGGGCAGCGUUAGCAAGUUUGGCUGGGAUAGAAUUAAGAAUAAGAGGCUUUGAUCCGUUAGUAUUGACAUUCGCAACACCAAAGAUAUUCAAUAGCGAAAUGAGACAAUGGGUAGAUGAAUUAUUUGAGACAGAUAUGAUAGAGAAGGAGUCAAUUGCUAGAAAAGAAAUUCAAUUCCGUAAGGGUUAUUUUAGGGUCGUACAUACCGGUGAUUAUAUUCCUAUGGUUCCACCAUUCUAUCAUCCGGCUGGUUUAGAGAUGUUUAUUAAUAAAGUCGGUCUACCUCAAUAUGCAGAAGAUAUUGAGUACCGAGGUAAAAAUAACAGGUUAACUUUGAAGGAUGGAUUUCGAGAUGGCAUGAGCGGUUUGGUUGAAGACUGGUUACAUGUUUAUGAACAUCGAGCCUACUUCAUUGACGUAAAAGGAUGUUCUGGACUUUAA